AUAUCUGUUUCUGAACUUUGCCAAGCGGGCCAGUCUAUUGCUGUUGACAAGUAGACUGGGAAUCUGCUUUUCCAACAAAUUUUCCACACGAGUGAAAAAUAAUGAGUACGCACAGGGAACCAACAGCUGAAUCAGACAGGCCAUACACUCUGUAGCGGUAAUGUAGCUGUGAUUCUUCUACAGUACAACUUCACGAUGGCUCAUGGCUCUCCCAGCAGUUUCCCCAUACCUAACUAGCCCGGUGUAGCUGUCAAAUGUCACAAGACUGGCCGGCAUACUGAUAAACAAUCAUGGCUGACACCUUGUGCUGCAGCUCUUACUACGAAGUUUAACUUACCUAUUGUGCAUCCACAAGAGCGGUGCUGCAUGCAGCCACAGGGAGCCUUGCAGGUGCUGUCUUUAAUUCGUAACGCUUGGGAACCGCGGUAAUUGGAUCUGCAAUGCCCUGCGAUUUUUUCGUCCAUUACUUUCGUUAUGGUAGGUACGUACUACGCUGUGGAGCUAAUAAUUACAGGAAUGGCCACAGGGAUUUUUCAAGAAGAAAGGGAAUAACAUUUAACAGGUUUGGAAGGAAAGCUGCCUCAGUUCCCUGGGCUUUCAUCGUUGGAAGUUUGAUAGCAACGGGACUUGCCUGCCUCGGCUUUCUCAACUUCUAUGUCGAACGAAAGCCUGAAAGACUGUGGAUUCCACAGGGCUCCGACUACGUGAAAACUAUCGACUGGCAGGAAAAGAACUUCCCCCAAGACCAGAGAGUCGAAAUGGUCAUCUUCGAAGCAGAGGACAAUGUUCUGACGGCCGACUACAUUAGGGAGAUGUUUCGUGUUCACCAAGAUAUCAGAGCAACCACAACAGUUGAUGGAAACGACAGAACAAUCACCCAGGAAGACGUCUGCUACAGGGUCCCAGCACUGGGCGGAGAGCAGAGGAAAGAGCUCAAUCACAUCAGGAGCCAACUUUUUCCGGGCAGGAGCUUUGAGAGCGACGAAUUUGACUGGUCUCUGGCGUUGGACAAGGAGAUCUAUUACCAGUUCUACGCGAAGAUGCCCACCGCCUGCCUCGAAAUCAGCGUCCUGGAGAUCUGGGGCUACAACUCUUCCGUCUACGAAAAGCUGACGGACCAGGAUGUCACCGAAGCCGUCAACGAAGCCAACAUAGCAACAACGUUCUCCUACCCAAUGAAUUUCAUCGAAUUCCUGGGCGGCGUGACCCGGAAUGGCUCGGGUUAUGUGACAGCUGCUAAAACUGCCAUAGCCUAUUUGGUCAUGAGGGUCAAUCGGAGUGAGGUCACCUUGGGGGAGAGUGCCAGCCACGCCGGUUUGUCAGAGGAGGUUGACGCUGGCCUCUACAACUGGGAAGGAGCGUACAUACAGCUGCUUUUGAACCAGUCAGAUCUUCUGCCCGGUUUGAAGCUCUUCCCGGAAUCCCAGCGGAGUUUUGGAGAAAUCAGCGGCGACACCAUCUUCGGAGAUGUCAUUUAUCUGGUGUUCGGCGAAGCCACCUUGUUCAUCUACGUUCAGCUGAUGUUGGGAAAGUUCAACAUGGUGGAGAACAGGCCUCUGUUAUCGUUGCUGGGGAUUCUUUCGACCUUCAUGGCAGUGGGGCUGUCUUUCGGUCUGUGCUCCGCUUUCUCGCUGCCCUACGGACCGGUCCACAGCAUCCUUCCUCUCCUUCUGCUCGGUUUAGGAGUGGAUGACAUGUUCGUCAUCGUCCAGUGCUUCAGUAACUUAAGUCAGGAGGAACGACGCCUGGAGCUGAAGCAGCGGAUGGCCACGGCUCUUCGCCAUGCCGGGGUCGCCAUCACUGUCACUUCUAUCACAGAUUUUGGAGCUUUCUUCAUCGGUGCCACAACGGUCCUCCCCGCCCUGAGGUCAUUCUGCAUCUAUUCCGCCGUGGGGAUCGCCAGUCUCUACGCCCUGCAACUCGCCUUCUUCUUCCCGUGGUUCGCCCUGGACCAGAAACGCCUUGAAGAUGGCAGGAACGGCCUCAUAUGGUGCUACAAGCAUAAAAACUGGACGCCCAACGAGUGCUCCCAGCACGACUUUUGUCAGAGUUUCUUCGAAAAUAUUUACUCGAGAAUCAUCCUGCUCAAACCUGUCAAGGUGCUGGUUCUACUUCUAACAGCGGGUCUUUUCGGAGUCAGCGCCUGGGGAGUGUCAGGCCUCCGUCAAGAGUUCAACCCCAUCUGGUUCAUCCCUCAGUCUUCCUACCUCUUCCAGUUCUUGGAUAGGAUCUAUACCUACUAUCCUUCGGCAGGAGAGAGAGGCACCGUUUACCUCGGAGCCCUGGAUUACCCUCGCGAAAUCUACAAAGUGGGACAACUGACGGAGGUGAUGCUGGAGGACGAAUACAUCUCGUAUGUCGAUUCGUGGUACGAUGCCAUGGCCAACUAUACCAUGAGCGACUUGGGGGAAGAUAUCCGAAAUAAGCCGCUCAAUGACAGCUUCUUCAGCGAGAUCCUCUCCACCUUCCUCUUUUCGCCCGUCGGCUCCAAGUACCAGAGUUAUUUCCACUUCGACGGGAACCUAACCAUUGCAAGGCCGACGCCUCCCGUUCUGGCUUGUAAGUUUGACUAUAGGCACCGUUCUUUGGAUGGACCUGACGAACAGAUUCCAGCAAUGGACCACGUUAAACAGAUUGUCAAAGACAUGAACUUUUCAGACUUUGCAGCCCCAAUAGCUUUCCAAUACAGCAGUUGGGAGACGGACAAGGUCAUCUUUGGGGAGCUGAUAAGGAACCUGUCCCUAGCCAUGGUAGCAGUCCUCAUCAUGACGCUCAUCCUUCUGGCUAAUAUCGUCGCCUCUGUCUACGUCCUCGUUUGUGUCGCAAUGACCCUGGUUGAUGUGAUGGCGCUGAUGACGUGGUGGGGUCUGACUGUAGAUAUCAUCACCUGCAUCAAUCUGGUUUUAUGUAUUGGACUCUGCGUCGAUUAUUCUGCUCACAUCGCCUUGCAUUUCCUUCAGGUCAAAGGCGACCGAGACGAGAGGGUGAGGCAAUCGGUGAGGGACAUGGGACCACCCGUCAUCAAUGGCGCCUUCUCCACCUUCUUGGCAUUCGUCCUUCUGGCCAACUCGGACUCCCACGUCUUUCUGUCCUUCUUCAAGAUCUUCUUCGGAGUGUUCAUCUUCGGCGUCUACCACGGCCUGGUAUUUCUCCCCGUCCUUCUGAGCCUGGUAGGUCCUCCUCCUUACUCUGCAAGUCACGCUGUCUCAGCCGAUUCGGGAGCGCCUCAGGCCGAGCAGGAGCCACUUGGGAGUCUUUCUUUCGCCCAGGGCACACGAGCAAAGGAACGCAUUGACGUAGAGGGGCAUGGUUAUAUGGCGGUCUCCCAGGAAGGGGAGACUGCCAAAUAGUUCCCUCAAAUCUGAGAAAAAGAUCCGGUGUUAGAUCUCGAACGGACAAUGAGAUGAUAAUGUUAUUAUGCAGCUUCACUACCUUCGUUUUCUGUGAGUGAGAUUUGACUUCGACUGAGAGCGACAGCUCUCCAGGUGGACAUCAGAAAUAUACUAGAAUAGUGAGGGUGGGAACUACAACAAUAGAUAUCAUUGUGUAGAUUGACUGAGUGAUUUUCCAAAAGCAGUCAUGUAAUUACAUAUACUGUUCGUUCCAAGCUAGUAUCUUCUAACACA